GCGUGGCGCCCGCCGACGCGCGCGGAGGAGGCGGGGCCGCGCCUGCGCAGGCCGCCUACUAUGGCGGCCGCCUGAGCCCGGGGUUGAGAAGUCUCAGCCGGACCCCGUCCUGGUACUCGCGGCGGGUGCUCCUGUCCCAUGAUUCCCGUGGAGCCCGGCCAUGGUAGCUGGCCCCCACCCUGGCCAUGGACGAGGUCACCUUCAAAAGUGACACUGUGCUGUCAGACGUCCACCUCUACACCCCGAACCACAGACACCUCAUGGUGCGGCUGAACGGCAUGGGGCAGCCUGUUUUCCUGUCCCAGUUCAAGCUUCUGUGGAACCGAGACUCUCGGACAGACUCAGGGGCCGAGGGUGAUGGUCGUGGCGCUCUUCUCACCGAGGAAACGCCACCAUCCGGACCGGGCAGUGCCAGGCCCCCUCCGGGGAGUGGCCACAGUGACGCCACCAGCCAGGUGGGGCUGGGAACUCGGCUGGACGAAGACGGGGAUUUGGACGUGGAGAGGAGACCACCGCCUGCUUCGGACCCCGAGCCAGCAGGGCCUCCGAGAGACAAGGUACAUCCCACGAUUCUAACGCAGGAGGAAGAGGACCCACUGGCAGAUGGAGCACGAGAGAGCAGCCCCCGGGAUAUCGUCAGAAUAGAACGCCCAACUUCAGUGCCCAUCUGGCCGUGUUUGCAGAUGCCAUGCGCCUCGUCUGUCUGUGUUCUGUCCGUCUGCAUUUUCACAGUGGCCCUUUCUCUUUUGGUCUCCAUCCUGUCCAGAGCACACCAUGGCCACCCCCCUGGAGGAUGUUGGCAAGCAGGUGUGGCGGGGCGCCCUGCUCCUGGCAGACUACAUCCUCUUUCAGCGGGACCUCUUCCAGGGCCGCACCGUGCUGGAGCUCGGGGCGGGCACGGGGCUGGCCAGCAUCAUCGCAGCCACCGUGGCACGCACGGUAUAUUGCACAGUUGUCCGUUGCCCCGUGGUGAGCGCGUUUGUGCCCUGUUGUCUCAUAGUCCUCAGGCUGGACUCCUAGAAGCAGAUGUCGGCGCAGAUCUCCUGGCCAUGUGCCAGCGAAAUAUUGCCCUCAACGGCCACCUGACUGCUGCUGGAGGCGGUGUGGUUAAGGUCAAAGAACUGGACUGGCUCCGCGACGACCUGUGCACAGACCCGGAGGUCCCCUUCAGCUGGUCGCAGGAGGAUGUCUCUGACCUGUACAGCCACACCACCAUCCUGCUUGCGGCCGAAGUGUUUUACGACGAUGACCUAACCGACGCUCUGUUUAAAACCCUGUCCCGCCUCGCUCACAAGCUGCAGAACGCCUGCACAGCCAUUCUGUCUGUGGAGAAGCGGCUGAACUUCACACUCAGACACCUGGACGUCACAUGUGAGGCAUACGACCACUUCCGCUCCUGGCUGCGGCGGCUGGAGGGGCUCGCAGACGGCCGGCUGCGCUUCGCGGUGGAGCGGGUGGAGGCCUCCUUCCCGCAGCUCCUGGUUUAUGAGCGCAUCCAGCAGCUGGCCCGCUGGGUCCAUCAGACUAGGCCUCUGAGGAAGCCUCCCAGUAGCGGUACACGGGUCGGGUACUGGGCCGAGCUCCUUCCUCCCCGGCCUCAGCUGAUGCCGAGACCAGGAGCUCUGGAAGAUCUUUGUGGAACCGGUGAUGUGACCCACCGCAUCCCCAAGCACGGCUUCUCGACUGUUCUUAGAGUACAUCUCUAAUAAAAUCAAAAGCUCACAAAGUGA